GAAAACGCCAAUGGCUGCCUCCAGCUUCUGCAUGUGUAAUCUUUCGAGAACUAUGUUUAAUCUGUAACACGUACCUAUUGAAAUAAAAAAUAAGAAGAUUGUAUGCGCGUUCGUAUAUAAUUCACUUAGAAAAUGAAGGCAAAGCGGCAGCGCAGAGGUAAAGGUGGAAAGCAAGCAAACAACGACAAAUUUAAGAAACUCAAGGAUUCAGUCAGUGACUUUGUGAAGAGUAAAGGAGGCUUCGAUAAAAAUGAAAACGACGAAAGGGUAAAUUUCGUAAAGCGGAAAAGCAGAAAAGACCUGCGCAAGGAGAAACGUAAGAUGAAGAAAGCCAAGAUGAAGAGUCACUACAUGGGUCAGUCAAUGGCAACGUCCAGCGAGGAGCUUAAUCCAAACACUCCUGCUGUGAAAGAGGAAAACACACACAAACCAGCCCUGAAAAAGACUACAGAUGCUCCUCAGAGACAGCAGAAAACUAAAAAAGGCAAUGCUAAAACUAAAGAAGGUGAGGAAGAGACGAUACAUAAGAAAGUCCAUUUCUCAGAAGAUCUGCCAAAGCAGAAAAAGAAAUCUGGUCUGAACGAGAGCAGAAAGCUGGCUCUGUUAGAGGCGAAUGUUGAAGAGGACAGAGAAAUAAAGAAGCUGGAGAAACGCCUUGGACUGAAUAAAAGAAAGAACAAGAAGAGUCUGCCUCAGUCUUUCACCAAUGAUGGGUUAGAUUAUAUUUUAGGAAUUCUUGAGCCGGGAGCGUCUGCGACAGGACUGUAUGAGAGCGAUGAAGAAAUGGACAUCGACAAAGCCAAGGAGAACUUUGAUGAGCUGGAAGAAGACAGCGAGGAGCAAAUGACAGACGAUGAAGACACAGAUGAUGGUGAGGAAGAGGAUGAAGCACAGAUGGAGGAAGAGGAGGAUGUGGAGGAGGAAGACACACACAUAGAUGAGGAGGAAUUGGAAGGAGAUGAAGAGGAGGGGGAUGACACGGAUGAAUCAGAGGAAAAUGAAGAAGCAGAGGAAGCUGAAUCUGAAAAAACACCUGAAAGUCAGGAACUAAGUUCUGCCACAGCUGGCAAGUAUGUUCCACCUCACCUGCGGGAGGCUGCAGACAGCAAACGCAAAGCUGAGCUGGAGAAACUGAAGCGCAGUGUGAAAGGUCUGAUAAACAGGUUGAGUCAGCCCAACAUGGCGUCCAUCAGCAGUCAGUUGGAAGAGCUGUACAUGAACACCAGCAGGAAGGACAUGAACGAUACACUCACUGAAAUUCUGCUGGCUGCCUGCGUCACACCUGCUCUCAUGCCAGAAAGGCUUCUGAUGGAGCACAUCCUACUUGUCAGCGUGCUUCACUAUAGUGUUGGCCUGGAGGUUGGAGCUCAUUUUUUGGAGACUGUAGUCCGUCAGUUUGAUAAAACCUAUACUGAGCUUGAUGAUACAGACAAGGAAUGUGACAACUUGGUAUCCAUAAUUGCCCACCUCUACAACUUUCACGUGGUUCAUGCUGUCUUGGUGUUUGACAUUCUGAAGAAACUGGUGACGUCUUUCAGCUCAAAGGAUAUAGAGCUGCUUCUGCUGGUGCUGAAGACUGUUGGGUUUGCGCUCCGAAAGGAUGACCCAAUAGCUCUUAAAGAGUUAAUCUCCGAGGCUCAGCGGAAAGCUGGUGCUGAAGGAGAACAAUUUCAGGACCAAACAAGGAUUCGGUUUAUGUUGGAGACGAUGAUGGCAUUGAAGAACAACGACAUGAGGAAGAUUCCAGGUUAUGACCCUGAACCUGUAGAGAAAUUAAGAAAACUUCAGAGGACUUUGAUUCACAGCAGUGCUGGCAGCAGUGACAUGAAGUUGAGAGUCUCUCUGGACAAUCUUCUGGAAGCUGAGCGUGUCGGCCGCUGGUGGAUUGUGGGGUCUUCCUGGAGUGGAGCACCCAUGAUUGAUGACCAGGGGAACAAGACAACCACCCCAUCCCCUAAAGGAGAGCAAUACAGUGCAAAGAUGCUGGAGCUUGCUCGCAAACAAAGAAUGAACACUGAUGUCCGGAGGAACAUUUUCUGUGUUCUCAUGUCAAGUGAAGACUUUUUGGAUGCCUAUGAGAAACUAUUAAGGUUAGGAUUGAAAGACCAGCAAGAGCGGGAGAUUGUUCAUGUUUUGAUGGACUGCUGCCUGCAGGAGAAGAUGUUUAAUAGAUUUUAUGCUGUUCUGGCUGAGAAGCUUUGCUCACAUGAUCGGCGGUUCCAGAUGACCUUCCAGUUUAGUCUAUGGGAUAAGUUCAGAGACCUGGCAAACCUUUCCAGUAGGUCCUUCAGUAACCUGGUCCAGCUGGUCACUCAUCUUUUACACAGGAAGUCCCUGUCUCUUUCUAUCCUUAAGGCUAUUGAGUUUGGGGAGCUUGAUAAGCCUAAAGUGAAAUUCCUGAAGCAAAUUCUGUCAAAACUCCUUAAAGAAACCGAACCAGAAGAUCUUCUGAAUAUAUUUGGCAGGAUCUCUGGAAUUCCCAAGCUGGGAAUGCUUCGGGAAGGCUUGAAGCUGUUCAUCAGUCACUUUCUGCUCCGCACCGUUCACACACAAGAACCAGCUGAGCAAGCCAAGGUACUCAAGGACAGAGCCGAGGUCGCCACUAAAGCCAUGGAGGCCCGGGACGCUAAAAUCAAGCUAUAGAGCUCCCACACAUACAGAUUAUGUACAUAAUUCACACACAAAAAUGACCAAGACUGUGACUGUGCAGGGCCAUAUGCAUAUAUGUAUCAGACUUUAAAACACAUGUUAUCGCUUUUUUGUAGUAAUGACAUUCUCUAGAAAAAUAAAAAAAAGUGUGAAAUAUAUAAAUAU